GGGUACGGCACGUGACACCCCGGUUGUUUUUGCGGCUCGUUUUCCCGCUGAGGUAAGCGGUCUGCGCCAACCUCGAAAGAACGCCCAGUGCCGGCAUCAUCGUGGAAGCUCAAGCCAUCCCCCGCGACAGCAUUGCGUCCUUGCCUCGAUUUCCCCUGGGGACGCUGAUUAUCUUUUGCUGAAGAAGCAUCUUGUCAAUUGAACCAGAACCCCGAACCUUGCGCGCAAUGGCCCUCACCAAAUACGCCUUCACCAAAGGCUUGAAGGAACUCCGUUUCCUUUUCUGCCAUACAUCAGAACACAGCGCAGCGACGAGGUCCUUCCUCCAGCGAGCAUAUCCCACCAUGAAGAGACAUAACCCCUACACACCCAUCCUCAUGCGCGAGGCUCAAGGCACUCCGCCAACGCUAUAUGCCAGAUACGAAUUCGGAAAGGAGAAGCGGGAGCCUCUGGAUGGCCUCUCGGAUAAGGAGAUCGAAGAGAAAGUUAGAGCACUGGCGUUGUCUCAUUCGUGAUGAUAGAUUGACUGUUUUGCCUUUCUUAUAAUCCGAUGUGACUACUGUAUAUGAUCACACAAGUCAAUCUGCCUUUUCCUGCCGAGUUUAUGUUGCGUCGAGAUAGAUGAAUCGAAGCGUGCCU